AAGUAGUAUCGUUUCGGACGCUGGACGAGACACACACGUUUUAUGCAAACUUAUUCGUUACGCGGUUUUUAUUUUUUAAUAAUUAAAAAAUUAUUUUAUAUUGUUUUUGGUUCGUUUGAAACAUGGCAUUUUUUUGUUAUCGGAAUUGUUUGUCAAUUUUAAAAUAGUGUGAGAAGAUGAUUGAGGAAUUCAACUGAUAUAUAUCUACUGUUUGCUAAUAAUCAAAAGGAAGUGGUUUACCGCAUUGAAAGAAAAAAUAUAAAUAAAGUAAUAGAAAUAAUAGGAAAAUAUAAAAAUUUAAUUUUAAUAGUUUAAAAAAAUAUAUAAAAAGUGUGGGAAUAAAUUUAUUUCUUUUUUUUUUCCAAUAACUAUGUUUUCACGUGGUGAAGUUUAAAUCGACUGGUAUUUGAAAAAAUAAUGUUUAAUAUUUGAAAUAUAUAAUAAAAAUAUUAUGUUUAAAGAAAUAGUGAGUUACGGAAAUGACCGAGAAUAACCGGAGAUGUGAGUGAAGCAUUGUGAUUGGUUCGGGUAAAAACAAGUUGCCGGCACAACACGAAGUAUCUGACCACGUGAAUUUAGCGGGAAAACACCAUGCUGCAUGUCAAUAAUUUUGAAUAUAUAAAAUAGCUUAUUGAUAAUCAAGUUAUUUUGCAAUAAAUAUAAAAUUAUAAAAUAAUAUUUAACCAAAUAAUAUAGUGUGUUUGUGAUGUUAAAAAAAGUUGAAGAAAAAUUUAUUUUAAAAUUUUUUAUUUAAAAUUUAUUAAUAAAAAAUAAAUUGAUAUUAUUAUUAAAUUAUUUUAUUUAAUAAUAUAAAAUUAAAUUUAUUUUUAACUAUGAAAAAAUACCAAUGAAAAGUCAAAAUUAAAAUAUAAUAUAAACACAAACAAACAUAAAUUUAGAAAAAGAAAAAAAAUAUAUAUACUGGUGAUUUUAAUGAAACAAAUAAUAUAAAAUUAAAAUAAUAACAAUAGUAAUAAAUUGUUAGUUUUGGCAAAUUGUCAAAAAAACAAGUGCCAGAAAUUUUCAAAUCCAAUGCAACGUUCUUUGGACGUGAGGAUGUCAAUGGAUCAUAGAUGAAUUCAGUUGUCUUCCUGACUUGAUUAUUUUCAUUGGAUUUAUUACUAUACAAACUGAUGACAUGAGCUUGAUGAACAAACUAUUUUUCACAUUAUCAGUCUUGAUUUUCCAGUGAGUUACUGGUAAUUCACUCUUCAAAAAAUUGGCCAUCAUUGAGUACCCUACGACUUGUUAAAAAAGAAAUCAAGAAAAUAGGAGAAGUGGGUUUUUUUUUUUAAGUACCAGCACCAUGACCAGAUUCUCCAGGUACGACCUGGAGUUUAAACGGGGUAGCUAGUGAAACUUCCACCGUGGGUGAGAAAAAAGAUAAUACAGUGAAGAAGGCGUUAACACAAGUAAAUUGGGCGUCGUGCGCGGUGAGAGUAAAUAAAGAUAGUCAAGUGAGCGCAGACGCAUGCGCAAUUGGUGAUGUGAGGCUGGCGGUCGCCUCACGUUUGGGGUGAUGCCCUCCAGUGAGCCCCAUCCCUCCCAGUACCAUCUACAACACCACACCACAAUUCCACCCUCUCAUUUACAACAGCUCUCGUCGUCAUCGACGAGCGCAAUUGGUCAGCAUCAGCUAUAUCAACAGCUGGUGGCUGCCCAUCAUCAUCACCAACAACAACAACAACAACAACAGCAACAACAACAAAGUCAUCAGCACGGCGUUGGCUUUCAAAAUUCCGCGUACGCGCAACCGAAACAGGAGAUGAGCCCGGAGGAGGAGGGUGGCCGAAGUGGUGGGUCCCCUCCGACGGCAGGGGCUGCACUUCAUCAGCCCCAGCAUCCCCGUACGGCUAGUCCACCAUCAGGUACAGAACCAUGUACACGGGAUGCAAUACCAACACCUACACCAACAGCUGAUACAAUUCCCUCAUCAACAAGUCCAUCAAAUAUAACAAAUAGUACAACUAGUUCUUCAGCGACAACUACAAGUACAAUUAAUACAACGAGUGCAACAAUGACAAUGCAACAAACAUCACCAGGUCAAAAUCAACAACAAUCACAAGGAAUAAGUCCAAGUCCAAGUCCUACGGGUGGUGAUGUUGAAAAAUUUGAUGGUAAAAUUGUUUAUAAUCCAGAUGGUUCAGCAUAUAUUAUUGAGGGUGAAAGUGAAUUAAGUGAAGAUGAUUCAUUACCAGAUGGUUGUAUUGUUGAUGGACGAGGUGUAUCUGUGCCUCAUUCACUUGUAUUUCCUCAAAUUGCAAGUGCAUAUUAUGUAUCAAGAUUAUAUGCACAUCAGGCAUAUCAACAACAACAACAAAAACAACAACAACAACAACGUUCAUCAUCAACACAAUCAUCACAUAAUCCUGAUUUACCAGUUAUGCAUAGUUAUCGGGUAACAAGUUAUAGAAGUGUUGAAGGUAGUAAAGCACCAAUAACACCAGCUUUAUCACCAGCAUCUGCAUCAGUACCAGUUAAACCAAUUCUCAUGUGUUUUAUUUGUAAAUUAAGUUUUGGUUAUGCUAAAAGUUUUGUUGCACAUGCUCAAGGUGAACAUCAAUUAACACUUAUGGAUGAUGAAAGACAAAUGUUAUCACAUACAACAGCAUCAGCAAUUAUUCAAGCUGUUGGACGAGGUAAACAACCGUUAGUUAGCUUUUUAGAACCGGUAACGAGUUCAUCAUGUCCUCAAAAUUCACCAGUUCAAUCGCAACAACGUAAUACAGAAUUAAAUGAUCAUGAUAUUCCAACGACAACAAGUACACCAGCAAGUACACCAGGUAUACCAAGUAGUCCACAAGCACCAAGUCAAAGACCAUCACCAACAACGCCAACAACACCAACCUCACAUACAACAAAUUCGCUCAAUUUUAAUCAUCAAACAUCUCAACAACAACAGCAACAACAACAAUCAUCACAACAACAACAACAACAACAACAUCAAUGGCCAAUUGGUCAAGUUAGUGCAGCAUCAUGGGCAAAAGCACCUGAAUCAAUGCAUUAUACAUCACCUCCACCAGCGUCAAUAACAACAAAGGGUUCACCCUCGUCAUACGCUGCAUUAACACAACAACCACCAAAUUUUUUGACUGGUACAACAAUUGGUGUAUGUCCUGAGCAUAUGCAAGGACGUCCAAGUGGUGUUGAAUGUCCAAAAUGUGAAUUAAUAUUAGCAAGUAGCCGUCUUGCUGGACCUGGUGGACCACUUGCUGGUAUUCACAGUCGUAAUUCAUGUAAAACAUUAAAAUGUCCAAAAUGUAAUUGGCAUUAUAAAUAUCAAGAAACAUUAGAAAUACAUAUGAAAGAAAAACAUCCAGAGAGUGAAACAUCAUGUAUUUAUUGUAUUGCUGGACAACCACAUCCAAGGUUAGCACGUGGUGAAACAUAUACAUGUGGUUAUAAACCAUAUAGAUGUGAAGUUUGUAAUUAUUCAACAACAACCAAGGGAAAUCUUAGUAUACAUAUGCAAAGUGAUAAACAUCUUAAUAAUAUGCAAGAAUUACAACAAGGUGGUGGUGUUGCUGUUGCAGCUGCUGCAUCAGCAGUAUCAUCAGCAACAAAUAAUCCAUCAUCAUCAUCAUCAACAACACAAGAUACACCAAUGCCAACAAGAAGUCCACAUCAUCAACAAUCAAAUCAUAGUCCACAUAUGGCUGGUCCACCAGUAACACAAGGUAAACCAAAACCAACAUUUCGUUGUGAUGUUUGUAAUUAUGAAACAAAUGUUGCAAGAAAUUUAAGGAUACACAUGACAAGUGAAAAACAUACGCACAAUAUGCUAGUAUUACAACAAAAUGUAAAACAUAUGCAAACAUUGUCAGCAUUACAAUCACAUCAUCAACAAGCCCAACAACAACAACAACAGCAACAACAACAACAACAUCAUCAUCAUCAACAACAAGCACAACAACAAGCAGUAGCAGCACAACAACAACAGCAACAACAACAGCAAUUAGAACAGCUAUUGCAUCUUGGUGGUCUUGAUAAACCACCACAACAUGCUGAAGCAGCACUUGCUGAUAUGGCAUAUAAUCAAGCAUUAUUAAUACAAAUGAUGACUGGCGGUCAAUUACCACCUCAGCUACCACCAGAAUUAAUUGGUGGUAUGGCAAAUAUGAGUGCUAUGAGUAAUAUUGGUGGUGAUGUUGGUUUAUCACCAGACAGUAUGGAACCACCACCAGAACCAGCUGAUCAAGAUCCAUCAAGUCUUUAUAAUUGUUGUGUAUGCAAUAAUUUUAGUACUGAUUCACUUGAAGCACUUGGUCAUCAUCUUGCAAUUGACAGAACGAGAACACGUGAAGGUGAAAUAUUGGCACUUGUUGCUGGUAAUUUUGUUUGUAAAUUAUGUUCAUAUAAAACAAAUUUAAAAGCAAAUUUUCAAUUACAUUGUAAAACAGAUAAACAUUUACAAAGAUUACAACAUGUUAAUCAUGUUAAAGAAGGUGGUCCAAGAAAUGAUUGGAAAUUAAAAUUUUUAUCAUCACCAACAAGUGCACAAUUACGUUGUCAUGCAUGUGAUUAUUAUACAAAUAGUGCUCAUAAAUUAGCAAUACAUGCAGCAUCACCACGUCAUGAAGCUGCAGCAUUACUUUUACGUCAUUUACUUGAAUCAAGUGCGAAUACACAAUCAAUUGGAAAACUUUAUCAUUGUGCAUUGUGUGGAUUUAGUGCACGACAUAGAUUACCCCUAUUACAACAUGUUAGAUCAUUGAGACAUUUACAAAUGGAACAAUUACAUCAAUUACAUAGACGUAGUGGUAUACAAGGUAAUGAAACACCACACACUGAUAUUGGUGAUGUAUUUCAAGUUGUUGCUGAUCCUGAUGUAGCAUCAAAUCAACAAGCUAGUCCAACAACACCAACUACACCAAAUCCAGCAAGCACCAUCAAUGAACGACGAGAGGAUGAUAGUGAAUGCGACAGUGAGGUAAAACAAGAACCAGACAACGAUCAAGACCAAGAUCAAGAGCCAGAAAACGAAAUGGAAGAAGUUGUAUGUCCAUUUUGUACGUAUCAACCAACGUCAAAAGAAGAAUUAAAACAACAUAUUCAAAUUGCUCAUACUCAGGAUAACGACGAAAAAAUGGAAGUUGUUAAAGAAGAACCAGUACAAGAAUUAUUAUGUCCAUUGUGCCAAGAUGGUUUUAAAGAUCGUCCAGCAUUAGAAAAACAUGUUAUGCAAAUACAUUCAGUAAAUUCUGAUGGUUUACAAAGAUUAUUAUUACUUGUUGAUCAAAGUCAUUGGUUAAAUAAUAAUCCAAGAAAUACACCAACACCAGCAACAGUUCCAACAUCACCAAGUACAACAACAAAACAAAUACAAGAUGAUGAUUUAUUAGAAAGACCAAAUGAUGAUAUUGAAGAAAUAGCAAGAUGUUCAGUAUGUGGACGUGUUUGUAGAUCACUUGAAGAACUACAACAACAUCAUAGAGAAGCACAUCCAGCAACAACACCAACACUUGCUGUCAGUGAAAAACAUGUAUAUAAAUAUCGUUGUGGACAAUGUAGUUUAGCAUUUAAAACACUUGAAAAAUUACAACAACAUUCACAAUAUCAUGCAAUAAGAGAUGCAACAAAAUGUGCACUUUGUGCUAGAUCAUUUCGUUCAGUUCAAGCAUUACAAAAACAUUUAGAAUCAGCUCAUGCUGAUCUUCAAGAAGCUGAACUUGCUCAAUAUAAACAAAGUUUAUUACAUGCACAUCCAUUAUUACAAGCACUUACUGAAGAAGCAAUAAGACGACAAGGUGGUGUUGUUGGUGAUGAUACAAAUAUUGAUGGUGAAUCAAGAGCUGAUGAAGAAGAAAGUGAUGCUAGUGAUUCAGCACCAUUACAUAAAGAAGAACGUUUACUUGAAGAUUAUCUUAAUAGUCAACCAAUUGCUGAAGAUUCAUAUCAAGAUCCAACACGUAAAUUUAAAUGUCAUCGUUGUAAAGUUGCAUUUACACGACAAAGUUAUUUAACUGGUCAUAAUAAAACAUUAUUACAUCGUAAAGGUGAAAAAAUGACUUAUCCAAUGGAAAAAUAUUUAGAUCCAAAUAGACCAUAUAAAUGUGAUGUAUGUAAAGAAAGUUUUACACAAAAAAAUAUACUUCUUGUACAUUAUAAUAGUGUUAGUCAUUUGCAUAAAUUAAAAAGGGCUAUGCAAGAACCAGGUAAUAAUAAUACAUUAUUAUCUGUUGUUCCACCUGCAAGUCCAACUGAAUCACCAGAUUCACAACAAGAUCAAGAUAAAAAACCAUAUAAAUGUAAUAUUUGUAAAGUUGCAUAUACACAGGGUAGUACAUUGGAUAUUCAUAUGCGUAGUGUAUUACAUCAAACACGUGCAAGUAAAUUACCAGAUCUUGCUGCAAGUGGACAACUUGAUUUAGCAAGACCACUUAUUGAACAACCAGGACCAACAAGUCCAAAUAGUCCUCCAUUAAAUACAAAUACAAACAAUAAUAAUAAUAAUAAUACAAAUAAUACAAAUAAUAAUAAUAUGUUGUCUUGUCAACGUUGUAGUGCAUUAUUUGUUAAUCAAGAACAACUUGCAACACAUCAACAACUGUAUUGUAUAUUUAGUAAUCCACUUGCAUUAUUUCAACAAUUAGCUGCAUCACAACAAAUGGCAUCAGUUAAUUCUGAUAAAACAACAUCAUCAUCAUCAACACCUGGAUUGCAACAACAACAACAACAACUUACGCAAAAUACACAAACAACAAAUUCAGUUGCACAAGAAAUAUUAUCACAACCACGUACUAAAACAUCACAAAUGUAUAAACAUUUACUUGAAAGUUUUGGUUUUGAUCUUGUUAUGCAAUUUAAUGAAAAUCAUCAAAGACGUCAAAGAAAAGAAGAAGAAGCUGCUAUGGCUUUACAACAAGCACAACAAGAACAACAAAAACAAGAACAACAAAAAUUAGCACUUGCUGUACAACAACAACAACAACAACAGCAACAGCAACAGCAGCAACAACAACAGCAGCAUCAAAAUCAACAUCAACAAACAAUUCAACGUAUUGGUGAUGAUCAAGAUAAUGAUGAAAACAUGGAUGAAGAAGCAAUUCCAGAGCUAACUAAAAGCACAUGUCAACAUUGUAAUAAAGAAUUUAGUAGUGUUUGGGUAUUAAAAGCUCACUGUGAAGAAGUACAUCGUGAUCUUGUACCACGUGAAUUUCUUGAACAAUAUGCACAACAAUUCAAGUGUGAAUAUGAGAAAAAAAGUGUUGUUGUAACAGCAGCAACAUCAUCAUCAACAAAUACUGCACCACGAAGUUCAACACCAGCUUCUAAUUCAGCACAAGAUUUAACAUCUGACAAAGAAAUUAAACGUGAUAAAGAAGAAAUGACAGAUUGUAAAGAUCGUGCUAGUCGUACUCCAGAAGCUACAUCUACAACACCAGCUACAACUCCAGCUUUGAGUAAUACACCUGUAUCAAGUACAGAAUCAAUAACACCAAAUGCACUUACAAAUAAUAAUACAAAUCAAUCACAACAACAACAACAGCAACAACAACAACAAAAUCAAAUAACAUUAGCACAACAAAUGUCAGAAAUGCAAGCAGCAUUAAAUGCUAUGGCUGCAUCACAAUUACAACAACAAUUACAACAAUAUCCUGGGCUUAUGAUGGGUAUGAUGGGACUUCCUUUGGGUCUUAAUGUACCUGCACUUGCUGCUAUGAAUUUACAACCACCAUUGGUACCUAUGAUGCUUCCACCUCCACCUUAUGGUGAUGGUGCAUCAUCUGCAUAUCCACAAAUGAAUUCUCAAACUCAGGAACUUCUUGCAAAACAACAUAUUGCUCUUCAACAGCAACAACAACAACAACAACAGCAACAACAACAACAACAACAAGCUGCAGCUCAAGCAAAUGCAGCAGCAUCACAAAAACGUGCGCGUACACGAAUAACCGAUGAUCAAUUAAAAAUUUUACGUGCACAUUUUGACAUAAAUAAUUCACCCGGAGAAGAACAAAUAAUGGAUAUGGCAGCUCAAAGUGGUCUUCCACCAAAAGUUAUAAAACACUGGUUUAGAAAUACAUUAUUUAAAGAACGUCAACGUAAUAAAGACAGUCCUUAUAAUUUUAAUAAUCCACCAAGUACAACUCUUAAUUUAGAAGAGUAUGAAAAAACUGGUGAAGCUAAAGUAACACCAUUAAAUUCUAGUGCAUCUGGUGGAAGUUCAUCAGAUGAUAAAAGUCCAAAUAAACAAUCAACACCACCUCCACCACCAGCUCCAUUACCACCACCAAUAAAUAUUAUAACAACAAUGCCAACAACAAUUGAAAUAAAACAAGAACCAAUUGAUACUACAUCACAACAAAUGCAACAAGAUGAUUUACAACAACAUCAUUCACCAGGUAGUUCUGGUGAUCAACAAUCACGUCCACAUUCACCAGCAUUAAGUAUGAGUUCAGUAUUUUCUGGUAUUCAUCAUGAUAUAUCAUCACAUGCUACAUUAUCAUUAAAUACACCAAGUACACCAAUGUUACCACCAAAAAUAGCACCACAAAGUUUUACAAGUCCAAAUCCUGGUGCUGGUAUUGUUUUACCAGGUGCAAUUGCCGCGAUGGCUCUUACCCCACAGCGAUCACUCAGUCCGGGUCGUGGACCCACUGAUUUUUCAUUUGGCGGUAAUAGCAAUGGCAGCAAUUCAUCUGGUGGCAGUUCCGGCAAACGUGCAAAUCGCACUAGAUUUACUGAUUAUCAAAUUAAAGUAUUACAAGAAUUUUUUGAAAAUAAUGCAUAUCCAAAAGAUGAUGAUCUUGAAUAUCUCAGUAAAUUAUUGGGUUUAAGUCCACGUGUUAUAGUUGUUUGGUUUCAAAAUGCUCGUCAAAAAGCAAGAAAAGUUUAUGAAAAUCAACCAGCAGCUGAACCAGUAACACCAGGUGGUCGUGAAGGUGAUGAUGGCUCUGGUCGUUUUCAACGUACACCAGGUUUAAAUUAUCAAUGUAAAAAAUGUUUACUUGUAUUUCAACGUUAUUAUGAACUUAUACGUCAUCAAAAAACUCAUUGUUUUAAAGAAGAAGAUGCUAAAAGAAGUGCACAAGCACAAGCAGCUGCAGCACAAGUUGCUGCUGUUAUGAGUUCUGAAGAUAGUAAUAGUAGUUCAGCAACAACAACAACAAUAAAUCCUUCAUUAACAAUAACACCAACAACAACAGCAUCAACAACAACAGGAACAAUUGGGAUGACAACAACAACUACAACAACAAAUAAUCCAUCAUCAACACCAACCUUGAGUGAUCAACUUCAACAACCAAUGACAUCACCAUCACCAAAUAUACAACCAUCACCAACAUCACAACAACAACAACAACAAACACAAUCACAAGUUGAAUCAUCAAAAGAAGCUAGUUUUCAAUGUGACAAAUGUAAUUUAGUAUUCAGUAGAUUUGAAUUAUGGCGUGAACAUCAACUAGUACAUAUGAUGAAUCCUUCCCUUUUUCCACCGGCUUAUCCUCCUGAUUCACCAUUUGGAAUACUUCAACAACAAGCAUUAAAUGCAAGUGCUAAUUCUGAUUCACAACAUCCACUUAUUGCAAUGAUGCAAGAUCGUAAACGUAAAUUUGAAGAUUUUGAAGAAAGUAUUGGUAAUGAAAGUAGAAGUAAUUCUGAACACAGUGAACAACCAAAAGAUAAAAGAUUAAGAACAACAAUAUUACCAGAACAAUUAGAUUAUCUUUAUCAAAAAUAUCAAAUUGAAUCAAAUCCAUCAAGAAAAAUGCUUGAAACAAUAGCACGUGAAGUUGGAUUAAAAAAACGUGUUGUACAAGUUUGGUUUCAAAAUACACGUGCACGUGAACGUAAAGGACAAUUUCGUGCUCACAGUCAAGUUAUAAAUAAACGUUGUCCAUUUUGUCCAGCAUUAUUUAAAGUUAAAUCAGCAUUAGAAUCACAUUUAAGUAGUAAACAUGCUGAUCAAGUUGCACGUGGUGAAAUAAAUAUUGAUAAUAUACCAGAUGAAGAAUUAUCAAUGGAAUCAGUACCAUCAAAUCCAAGUACACCAAAUAUGUUACCAGGUUUAUUUCCAUCAUUUGGUCCAGAUAUGGAAGCAUCAUUAAAAAAAAUAUAUGAAGAAUCAUUAAAACAUUAUUGGAGUGCUGAAUUACGUGCACAAACAAGUAAUGGAAAAACUGAUAAUACAAAUAAUAGUACAACAAAUAAUCAAGGUACACAAAGUAGUACUGGUGAAUCACCAUUAGAUUUGAGUAAACCAGUUGAUUUAAGCAGACCAAUGAAAUUAAGUUUAGCAAGUUUAGGACAUUCACUUGAUGAACAACAACAACAUAAUUUAUCACAUUUUCGUAUUGGUAGUGAUUGUGGACCAUUAACUGAUUUAUCAGAAAGAAGUAUUUGUGAUGAUGAUAGUAUGAGUGAAACAACUGAAUUUAUGGAUGAUGAAAGUGGUCCACCAAGUCCAGCAUCAAGUACACAAAGUUCAAGGCAUGGUGGUACAUUAUCAACGACAAUUGGUGGUUUAUCAGGUAGUGGUGCAACUAGUGGAAUUGGUGGUAUUGGUAGUAGUGUCGGUAGUGUUAUUGGUAGUAGUGGUGGUGGUGGUGGCGGAAAUACACCAACUAGCGGUAAUACAAGCAGUGCUAAUCAAUCUAGUGGUGGUGGUGGCGGUGGUAAAAGAUAUAGAACACAAAUGUCAGCAACCCAAGUUAAAGUUAUGAAGUCAUUAUUUUCUGAUUAUAAAACACCAACAAUGGCAGAAUGUGAGAUGCUCGGCCGGGAGAUCGGACUGCCAAAACGCGUCGUCCAGGUAUGGUUCCAGAAUGCGAGGGCUAAGGAGAAGAAGGCUAGACUGGCGGCGGGUCUCCCGGCGGAGGGUUCUGCUGUACAACCUCAUCGUGGACCAACUGGUCCCGACGAAUGCCGGCUAUGCUCUGUCCGUUAUUCACCAAAAUCACCACUACAAGAACAUGUCUUCUCAAGACGACACAUCGAAUCGGUUCGUAUUGCUGUUGAAGAUGGUAGUCUUGUACCACCAACACCUGGUGCACCAAUUAUUCCUGGUGGUACUAGUGUUAAUAUUCAAUCAAGUGCCAAUCAAUCGGCAAUUCAGCAACAACAACAACUACAAUCACAAUCACAAUCACAACAACAAUUGCAACAAUCGCAACAAUCACAACAAACACAACAAGCCAAUGAUGAUAGUAUGAUGUAUGGUUCAUUGUUUCUUCAUCCAACGGCGAUGUUUCAAUCACAGCAACAGCAGACUGCAGCCAAUACGGCUAUCACCACCCCCGUAGCAUCUACGAGCCUAAAUAUAAAUGCUGGAAUGAUGACAUUACAAGUUGAAAAUGGAACACAAGUACAAGUACCAAGAUCAUUAAUGCAAGCAUUUUUAAAACAAGAUCCAAAUCAACCUGGUUUAGAAACAGUUAGAUUACCAAAUUCAACAUUUGAUGAAACAAUAACAUUACCAAAUCAUUGUCGUGAAAUUGAAACAGAUGUAUGUUUAAUAUGUCGAAGAUGUGGUCGUGCAUAUCCACAAGAAACAACAUUAUUAUCACAUCAAAGAUCAUGUUAUUUAGGUAAUCAACAAAGACGUGGUGCAUUACGUCUUGUACAAGCACGUUAUAGCUGUAAUUUAUGUGAUACAUCAACAUCAACAAGAACAUAUGGUACAAUGAAUGAAUGGCGUAGACAUGCUGAAACAGUACAACAUCGUGCUAGACUUGAAUUUAAUCAACAACCAAGACAAUUGAAUCAUCAACAAUAUGCUAAUCAAUUUAAUAAUAGUGUUGGUGUUAGUGGUGGUGGUGGUGUUAGUGGUGCUAGUAGUGUUGAUUUGAAUGGACAAAUUAUUAUUGAAGAUGAUGCAAAUCCUCUAAUUGAUGAAAUGGAAGAUGUUGUUAAUCAAAUAACAUUACUUGCUGCAAGAGCUGCUGCUGAAAGUACAACAAUAGCAACAACACCGACAACAACAACCACAACAACAACGACAAUUAAUAAUACUGGACAAAUAAAACAAGAUAAUAACAAUGGACCAGAUGUUAAAAGGCAAAAAUUAAUACAAGAAAUUGCUGCAUUGGCUGGAGCACGUUGAACAACAACAACACAUCAUGAUUCAUUAUUUAAUUUUUUUCCUAAAUAAAACCUUGACAUACGUAAUAAUUUACUUUUUUUUGUUGCUGUGUGUUUUACGCGUUUAACAAUAUAUUAAUUUAUUAAAUUGAAUAAUAAUUUUAUUAUUAAUAAUUAUUUUUUUAAAAAAAUGUGAUGAUGAUGAUGAUGAUAAUUGAUGAUGAGUGUACGGGAAUUAUAAGAGACACAAGUGAUUUUAUAAACAAGCUAAAUAUGUUUUAAUAAUGCGGGAGGGUUUAUAAAUGAAUGAAUUAAUUGUACAUCAUAUCCGUUCAUUUAUUUAAAUAUUGGUAUGUAUAUUAAUCCCUCCAUUUGGCUGGUUAUUUUUGUAGCUAAAAUAUAUAUGUAUAUAUAUAUUUUUUUUUAUCGCGCGAACUCAAUUGAUUAAUAAUAAAAAAAAAAAAAAAUUAAAUGAACGGUUAAAAUUAUUAUCCGGGUAAUUGAUAUCAAUGAUACAGACCAUGUAGAUAAUUUUAAUAUUUAAAUAAAAAAAAAAUUACAAUUUCAACGUAUUAAUCAUUGGCAAUGACUGACUAAUAUGGGGGGACAAGAUUGAUCAUUAUGCGGAUAUAAAUAUCGUUGAAAUAAUAUGAAAAUUUAAAUUUAAGAAAAAUAAAAAAAAAACAAUUAUACAUUAUUGCUGUAUAAAAUAUUAUCGUUAAUAUGGUCUGAUAAAUUUUUUUAUAUAAUAAAUGAAUAAUAAUUAAUGAUGAAAGAUAACAAUAAAAAAAAAAUAAUAAUAAUAAAAUGAGUCGCGUGAGUAAGAAUGAUGAAUAAAAGAAAAUCAUUUUUAUAGAUAUCGUGAUGUAAUUUUUUUUGCAAAAUUUAUUACGACAAUGUACGUAUAUCAAAAAAAAAAAACAUUCUCUUUAUCUUAAAAUCAUCUUUAUACAUCACAAUUUUAUUUAUUUAUUAUUCAAUGUAAAAUAAUAAAUCAUUCGAAUUAUGAUAUCAAUCUCGGGUGUGAAAUUUUCAAUAUAAUUUGAAGCUUUUUUUGUCAUUGAGCUUUUUUCUAUUAUUUCAAAUGAAUAAAAUCAAUUUUCAUUUGAUAAAAUAUCUCUGAAUUUUGAUUUUAUUUAUAAAAAUAAGCAAAAAAAAUUCAAUAACAAAAAAAGGUAAGGGUUUAGUUGAAUUAAUCGUGAAUCGCGUAAUAUCACAAAAAGUUUUAAGGAAAAAUUAAUAACAGAAAGAAAAAAGGUGAAAAUAAAUGAAUAUCAAAAUUGGUGAGACCGUCACUUUGUUAAUUACAAAUGAGAAAAAAAAUAAACCCAGCAACAUCGUUCCUAUAUUUAAUAAAAAUAUAUUUAAUAACAGUGAAAAAAAAAGAUGAUGAAUAAUAAUAAAUAAUAAGAGUAAUAAAUUAUAACAAUAAUAACAAAUAGUUGUUAAUAGUAAUGAUUUCGAUGAACAAUAAUUUAAUCGAAAAUUAAUAAUAUGAAAAUGACGACUUAAAAAAAUAAUAACUAGAAUGAUGAUGAUUGAAAAAUUAAAAAAAAAAAAAAAAAAAUUUUAAAUAAAAAAACAAGUAAUAAUGAUGAAAAAGUAUGUUUUUGUGUUAUUUAAAAAAAAUUGUAGAUUGAAGAAAGAAUGAUGACCGAGUGAAUUGAAUGAAUUUAACAAAAAAAAAAAAAAAAACCUUCGUAAGAAAAAUUAACAAAAAACAACAACAAUAUGAACGCAUUGCAAAACGCAAUUAAUAAUUCUCAUAUAAUCGUUUUGAGCUCUAAAAAAUUGUAAAAAUAUAAAUUGAAAAAAUUUAAAAAAAAAAAAUGGAGAGACGAGAGAUUAAAGACAUUGAUAUUCCAACAAUUAAAUAAUUGAAAAAAAAAAAAAAUCAGUAUUAGCCAUUAAGCAACAAGUUUAAUUUAGUAUAAAAAUUUAUUUAAAUAAUUUUUUUUAAAAAAACAAUUAGAGAUUAUAAAAAUAAGAAAAAAAAAACGUUGAUAGAUAAAAAUUGGAAAAAGAAGAAACAAAUUCCAAUCAAGUGUAUGUAUUAUAUAAAUUUAAAAAUCUAUAAAAUUAAAAAAAAAUAUAUAUAUAUAUUAUAUGUACGGUUAAGUAGAUGAUAAAAAAAAUUUUUUGUGGCGUGUUUAUAACACGCGUAGAUACGUGAUAACAACGAGUGCGAAAUUUAUGAAAUUAUUACUCAAGGGUGCGAGAUAAAAUGGUGCGCGUAUUUUUCAUGCUUUUUAAGCAAUAUAUAAAUAUAUAUUAACCAAAAAAAAAAUUUAAUUAUUAAUAAAUAAAUAUAUGUUGGUUGAUCGAGACGUCGAGAAAAAAUAAAUCAGUGCUAACUCUGACGUCACGUGAUCACAAAUCACAAAUUUAGUGGGUGCUUGAUUAUUAGGGGUGCAUUUGAGGGUACAACAUUAAUUAAGAUAAAAUAAUUUUUAAUAAAAUACUAUUAGAUUUUCUUUUUUUUUUAUACAAUAAGAAUAUAUUUAAUUUGGAAAAUCAAUAAUAACGCGUUUACAAUCGCUAUCAAUUGGCCCAAAUGGAUUUCAGGGGGUAAAAUAAACAAAAAAAAAAAACAAAACAAUUUAAUAAAAAAGAAAUUGAUAAACGUGGAUUAUUUAUAAAUUUAAAAAACAAAGUAAUAAAUAAUUUUUAAGCUAAAUAACUGAGGUUCCUUUUGUCAAAAUAAAAAUGCAUUUAAAAAAAAAAAACAAACGUUAAUAACGAUUGUAAUUUAAUUAACUAAUUAGAGUUAUUUAUGAUUAGCAAAAAAAAGAAAAAAUAUUAAUUUUAAAUUUGAAAGAAAAAUAAUUAAUAAAUCAUGUGUAUAAAUUUUUAUCAAAAAAAAAAAAAAUGAAAAAGAAACAAAGAAAAAUUGAAAAAAAAUUAAUUUAGUAAUAAUAAAAGUUAAAAAGAAAAUUCUUAUGGUACUAUAUGAAAAUCAAGAGAUUGAGAAAAAAAAAUUCUGGUGCAAUUUUCAAUUUUACUCGCGACAUUAUCACAUUGCGACAGCGUAGAUUGGGGAUGAUUUGAAGAAGGCAUCAUACAGCCAUGUAUGCGCGAACAUUUUGAGGGUGCUUAUUUUUUUCUCCCCAUCGUUUUUUUUCAUUUUUUUUUUUAUUUUUAACAUGGGGGAGGAAUGAUGAUGUUAAAGGGGAGAAAAAAAAAUCAAUGGAUCGUUCGCGCCUCCACGUUCUGACGUGGCAAAUAAGAUAUUGGAAAUGUACGAGGGAAAAGAUCGAGUCUCGUCUUUAAAUCAACGAGGGAAUAAAAAUAUCAUUGCCAUCAGGGAAAAUAAAAUAAUAAUAAUAAUAAUAAUAAUCAUACUUCCAUUGCUGAACAACGAAUAUUUUAUAUAUAUAUUUUAUUUUUUUUUUAAUUUACAAUUUUGUAUAAUUUUGUAAAAAAACAAAAAAUAAAUGAAAAAAAAAAGAAAUAGUUUUAGAUAUGUACUUAUGCAAUGGAAUUUUGUUGGUUUUUUUUUAUAUAUUUUUUUUUUUUUUUAAAUAGAUUUUAGUAGAAUUGGUGGCUAUUGUGAGGUUAAUUAAUAAUUGGUACUAAUAUUAUUGCAUCUCGAGUUCAAGUUUGAAUGAAAGAUUGCGUGAUAGAGUUAUACCGAAUUUAUUUCGAUACUAGCUGUUCCUAAAUAAAUCAUGAAUGAGUGCUAAACGUGUGCAUAAUUUAAUAAAAUUUAUUAAUAUACAUGUAUAAUUAAGUUUUAAAAUAAUUAGACAACUUCAAGUGUCAUUAUUUAUUAAAUUUAUUGAUAAAAAAAAAGGAAAAUAUCCUAAUUUUGGUGCAAUUUAAUUUUUCAAAAAGUAAAAAUUAAAAAAUUCAAUUAUAUUUGUUUACUUUUUUUUUUUUUUUGUUGUUAAUAUCUUUUUGUCUUUGUCAUUGUCGCCUUCUCAAAGUGUCUCUCUACUUUUUUUUUUUUUAUCUUCAAAACAAGACCUGUUUUACUCUGCGAAAAAAAAAACUUUUUGAAACGUAAAUUUCCUCGUAACACAACGAGUAUAAAAAUCAUGUGAACUUGAAAUUUUUUAUACGAAAUACACUUGUUCUUAAUUGUAUGCCUGCACUUUAGAUAUAUGUAAAAAAAAAUUUUAAAUAUAUAUUAUCGUAAUCGAGAGUAUUUCAUGGGGCUAGAAAAAAUAAUAAUUUUAAUUAUUUAAAUUUACAGUUUAAAUAAUACGAAAAUUCCAAUUAUAAAAUUGGAAUUUAAUUUAGACAAAAAACGAUCAUAUGAGAAUAGACCAUCGCGUGUGUGUAUGCGUUUCACUGUUGAGUAUAAAUAUUGAAAAAAAAUUACAAACGAAGGGCCAAAGUCGGCAAAUACAGGAAAAAAAUGCGAAAAAUAAAAAUUAAAAGAAAAAAAUGCGAAAAAAAAAAUAAUUCAAAUGAAAAAAAGUAUUAAUUUUUUUUUUUUUUCUGUUGAGUUUCAAUGUGUUAAUUAAUUUUUUAUUAUUAAUACUUUAUUGUAAUAUUUUUUUCAAUUUUUUUUUUUUUAGUUAAUUUAUUAACCAGAAAAAAAAUACGAAUUAUUAUAAAAAUAACAAAAAUCUCAAUAACGUGAUGAAGAAAAAGUCAUUUAAUUAUUUAUUAUUAUUAUUAAUUAAUAUUUAUCGUAUUUGACAUUGUAAAAAAAAAAAAUAAUAAUAAUUAAUUAAGCUUUAUGUUUUGUUAUAGUAUAAUUUGUUUAUUUAAUGAUUUUUAAUAUUUUUUUUUUAAAUUUUUUUAUCAAUUUAAAAAGCAAGUAAUUGACUAUUAUUAAUUAACUGACUACUAAUUGAUAAUUCUUGUGAGAAAUUGUGUAUAUCUAUAAAUGUGCUCGCGUAAAAAUGUGUGAGAAAAAAGAUAAAAUUGAGUAAAAAAAAAAGCAAAAAAACAAAAAAAAAAAAAUAAGCGAAUGAAAUGACGAGUGAAUGAGCGAGCAAAAAAAUAAAAAAAUAAAAAAUACUGGGCUCCGGGGAGCCUUUGGGUUUCGGCCCGGGGCACGGGGCCCAAACACUGGCUCCCAGUUACGUGGACGAAGGCAUACUUGGUACCCAAAUGAGGCCUUGCUAACUCUCACCCGUUUUUCCAAAAAAUUAAUUAAACCCUCUUUACAAAUUUAGCAAAAAAAAAAAACACAUUCCAAAAAUU